AUGAGACCGUGUGAUCGUGGUACUUACUAUGGUGGUCCUCGUGGUGCACCGGAAGAAGAGGCCAACACCCCGAUUGCUGAGGGUGGUGACGAUGCGCCGCCAGAAGUUCAGAUGACUGAGACUCUGGUAGAGACUGAAGAAAACGGUGUUGAUGUGGAAGCCCCGGAAACCGUUGAAGAAGAGUCGAAGAGUUAUACACUCGAGGAAUAUAAAGCAAUGAAGUCGUCUGCCAAGCCGGCUGUUACGCUGAAGGAGCACGUAAGGCCAAUGAUAGCAAAGAUGUUUUUGCAAACAUGGUUGCACAUCGGAAGCUGA